AUGGAACAAACGAAGCCUCACAUCGCGCCAUUGAAGAUCGAUAAAGGAAACUCGAACUUUCGGCCAGCGGGAAACCGCUUCUAUUCACACGACCGCCAGAUUACUCCUCCAACAACCCCUCAUACGACCACCCAGGACAGCGCCAUGGAUCGCUCAGAACCGUCCCGGGCGGUCUUUCACAACUACCUUCGCGCAUUCUACCCAUUUCAUCCUGCUGGGGAUGUCUCUCCAGCAACAGUUACUCUACCUCUGGAUCAAGGUGAUAUUAUUCUAGUACACUCUGUGCACACUAAUGGCUGGGCCGACGGCACGCUUUUGGAUACAGGCGCUCGGGGCUGGCUACCCACAAACUACUGCGAGGCAUACGACUAUGUUCCGAUGCGACCACUCCUCAAGGCCUUGACGGACUUCUGGGACAUCAUUCGAGGAGGCUGCGGAUCGCCUUUGGUCGACUUUGGCAACCAGGACCUCGUCCGAGGCCUGAUUGCCGGUGUCCGCUUUUUACUUGAGAAGUCUGAAUGUCUUACUCGCGACUCAUCAUUGGUGAGGGCCCAGGAUGGCCUCCGAAAGAACCGCAAGGCGCUACUGGCAGACCUGUCAUCACUGGUGCGAACGACGAAAAAGUUCCAGCAAAUCUCCGGCGGCCAGCCAAUGGAAGACGAGGUCGAGUACAUGGUUGACGAGAUGCUCCUGAAAGCUUUCCGGAUUGUGACUCGUGGUGUUCGAUUCGUCGACGUGUGGAACGAGGAAGUUGGCCUCGGCAGGGCAAUUGCAGAGCUGGAACAACAGCAGCUAUCAGCCUAUGAUGUUCCUCCAACGCCGACGUCUGAGACCUUUUCGCCAACGGAGAGUACCCCGUCCGAGGUCGACACCGAGCGAAACGAAUCCAGACUAUUGAACCACAGCCGACUGGAGAGCCGACUGGAGAGCCGAAUGGAGAGCCGGAUGGAAAGCAGAAUGGAAAGCAGACUCGAAAGUCGAUUGGAUAUGAGUCGGGCUUCAACUCGGAUGGAUGCGUUUGACUCGCAACCACCCCGCCCGAUGUCCGUCACUACCAAACGCAUUUCUGUCUCACACCGAGUGUCUUACAACGGCCCAGCUGCUGCCACUGCCCGAAACCCAAACCUUGCUUCCGAGCGACUCACAGCCACCUACGAUGCCUUCCUCGGUGUCUUGGGCUCUUUUAUUGGCCUGCAUUUGCAGUCUCGCUCGUCAACCGAGCUGGUCAUCACCACUGAACAGGCCGUCCGCUCGUGCCGUGAACUGCUAACGGUUAUCGAGGCCGUUUGCGAGCAUGACGCUCAGGGUAGCACUCCCCUCGAACAGGCUAGAGAUAGCAUGUAUGAGCGCUUGUCGGAAUUAGUGUUCGCAGCCCGCGAUGCCUUCCGACCCGCGCAGUGCCCUGACGAUGACCUCGUAUUCAUGCCAGACGAAGGAAAGCGCCUUGUUGAUGCGGCAACCGAAUGCGUGCGAGCUGCAGGCAACUGCAUGGCCAAAGCUCGUCUGGUGCUGGAGCAGGGUGGUGACUUUGAGCUAGAAGUAAUUAUCCCUCGCGCGGUACCCGAAGAGAGCUCAAACUCGACGCCACAGCCUCCGCGCACGGUCGGUGUUGCCGUCCCCGAGGAACGUUCUCAGGAGAUGGCACGACUUCCCCCGCCUCCCUUGCAGAUCCCCCAAUCUCACCAUGCUGCUUCUCCGUCCACUCCUGGUCUCACGGACGACGCAACGCCUUGCUCCUUCCAGUCACGUGCAGGCCCUAUAACACCGGCCACAACCGAACCAUCAUCCUCCUUCCAAUCCUCUGUCCUCUCUCCUAGCCUUGACAAGCUUUCCUUUUCCUCCUCUCCCAAAGAUCCUACUUCUGCAGACUCUUUCCGCCGUGACAGUCAUGCAAAGUCUGAGAUCAGCGACUCGUACAGCCGUGGCGUGACUAGCAAUGCUAGCAGCUUCACCUAUAGCAACCUUCGUGAUUCGGAGAUGAGUGGGGUGUCUCAGACAUCGACCCGGGCGACCUCGCCUGACAUUGGCAUGGUCCCGUCGCUCAAGGGCAGUGUCAGCUACUCGACUCUUGCCGAAGAGAACGAGGAGGCUGAGGCGAAUGUCUUGGAAAAGACCUACGCCCAUGAAUUGAUCUUCAAGGACGGGCAUGUGAUGGGUGGCAGCCUCCGUGCUUUGGUUGAGAAAUUGACUGCCCACCAAUCUACACCUGAUGCGAUGUUCGUGUCAACAUUCUACCUUACCUUCCGCCUUUUCGCCUCGCCAAUGGAGUUUGCCGAGACCCUUGUGGACCGGUUCAACUACAUCGGGGACACCCCGCAUGCCGCUUCCCCUGUUCGCCUGCGCGUUUACAACGUGUUCAAAGGCUGGCUGGAGUCGCACUGGCGCCAUGACUGUGACAAUGUCGCCUUGGAAUACAUUACGGAAUUCUCGAGCGGCCUUCUGAUGCAAACCUUACCGAGUGCCGCCAGGCGCAUGUUGGAAUUGACUGACAAGGUUUCCCAACUCCAAGGGCCAGUGGUUCCUCGCCUUGUCUCUUCGAUGGGCAAGACCAACACUGCUACCGCGCAGUACAUCCACCCGGAUACUCCUGUUCCUUCACCAUUAAUUGGAAAGAAGGAGCAUGGCCUGCUCACACGGUGGAAGAAUGGCGAGGGUCAGAUCACGAUCCUCGACUUUGACCCACUGGAGUUGGCGCGCCAAUUCACCAUCAAGGAGUCGCGCAUCUUCUGCGCGAUCCUCCCGGAGGAAUUGCUCGCGACUGAGUGGAUGAAGAAGACGGGAUCGCUUGCGGUCAACGUCCGCGCGAUGUCUACCCUCUCGACGGAUCUUGCGCACCUUGUUGCGGAUUCCAUUCUGCAGCUCGAGGAGCCGAAGAAGCGUGCUGCGAUCAUCAAGCACUGGGUCAAGAUCGCCAACAAGUGCUUAGAGUUGAACAACUACGACUCGCUCAUGGCGAUCAUUUGCUCGCUCAACUCGUCUAUGAUCUCGCGGCUGCGACGUACCUGGGAGAUUGUCUCCCAGAAGACGAAGACCACCUUGGAGUACCUCCGUGGCAUCGUCGAUGUAUCGCGCAACUACGCUGUUCUCCGCCAGCGCCUCCAGAACCACGUGCCCCCUUGCCUGCCGUUCGUCGGAACCUACUUGACGGAUCUCACCUUUGUGGACCACGGUAACCAGGCACUGCGCAACCUCCCAACCGAUGAAGGCGAGAUGGCCGUAAUCAACUUUGACAAGCACGUCAAGACGGCUCGCAUUAUCAGCGAGCUCCAGCGCUUCCAGAUCCCUUACCGGCUGUCUGAGGUACCGGAGCUGCAGGCCUGGAUGCAGAACGAGCUUGUGCGUGUCCGAUCCAACGGCGAGAAGAGCCUGCAGACCUUCUACCGACGGUCUCUUGUCCUGGAGCCGCGCGAGACGCAGCAAGUCCGCAACGCGAUGCAAUCGGAGUCGAGCUCCUCGUCGCUCUUGGAGAACGCCAAAGACAAGUUUGAUUUCUUGUCAUGGACGAACAACUCCAAGGCGAAGUCGAUUACCUCAAAUGGUUGA